AUGGCAGUAUUAAGAAAGCUGUCUUGUCUUGUGUUGGUUAGCCUAACACUGACAUACAUAGCAAAGUCCAAAGCAGCCAGUGUUAAUGAAAUCCUUUCUAAAGGUGAUUCUGACUAUAUGCUGUCCGAUUACCGAGGGAAAGGUUGUAUUGAUGACAAUGGAUUUGUGUUUGAUGUGGGCGAGAAGUUUUACCCCACUGCGACAGCCUGUCCCUGUGUCUGCACUGAAACUGGUCCGGUGUGUCGUAAGCCUCAGUGUCCUCGAAUCUCCUCCCGGUGUAUCCGUGUCAGUUACCACUCCUGCUGCCCACGCUGCUUGGAAUUCCGCAACUCGUGUCAAUAUGGAGGCAACAUGUACCGACUAUUCCAGGAAUUCUGGCCAUCUGCCUGUGAGAGGUGUCGAUGUGAAUCUAACCGAGAAGUGUACUGUCUAACUGCAGAGUGUGCUCCUGUCCACUGUGUUAACCCAUCAUAUGAAGCCAAUCAGUGCUGUUCAGUGUGCAAACAAGGUCCAAACUGCUUUGCAGGAAACACCAUUAUCCCUGCUGGUGUGAAGGUGGAAAUGGAUGGAAAGUCUGUCUGUUUCUGUCCAUAUAAGGAUGGGUCCUGGGAACCUCAACAGCAAGCAAUCUGCACCUCCCGUGGAAGGCGGCAGGGUCAUCACCAUAGUGUAAAGGAAGGACACCGUUGGGAGCGGAUGCAGCAGCGAUAGGCUGACGGCUGCAAUACUCUGGGAGCAGCUAAUGCUCCUCUAAUUGUAUUUUACAAUGAUAAACAGGAUCUUAACCA